CAGGAUGGGCCAGUGUGGUGGUGGUCCGACCGCCAUUAAAGCCUCUCCACCACGUCUUCAGUAAUCUCUCUCUCCGACGACCACAUUUCCGGCUGAAGCUGCCGAAUAUCCUCUCUCUGAUCUCUCCAAGAUCCAUUUCGCAUCUCUCACGCUUUUCCUCCGCCGUACGGUGGAGGAUUGCACUCAGACCACGCGCAUAUUUCUGGAUCUUCCGCGUGUCGCGUGGAUUACCCGCAUUGUGGUUAUUGAAUUAGGGUUUUGGCAUUUAGUAUGGUUUAAACUGCGCGGAAUUGCUUCGUUGGUGCUCUGGGAUCGAUAUGCGAACCUUGUGGUUCUCGAGAGCAGUUAAUCGGAGCUGCCGUGCGCGGGAAUUGCAUCGCCGGAAUACUGAGCUCGUCCGCCGUCCUUUCGUCGUCGUCUAAGAAAAAAUGUUUGCGAAUUUCAUCCCGGAGAAAGACGAUGAUUCUUUUGAUUCUGCCUUUGCUCAUCUCGCUUCCUGUCAAUUUCGGGACUGCUCUGCAAGAGUUCCAUUCAUCUCCACCUCCAUCGCCCUGGCCACUUCUUGCCACAGAGAAUCAUCCAGAACAUGUGACCACGACAUUGAUGAGUGCAUGGCUGGCUCAUUUCAUUGCUGCCCGAAAGCUCCAUGUUAAGUAUUUAUCAUCUUCACCAGCUCCAAGUCCAGUUUCACAAGAUUGCAGUCAUACUUGUGCACUGCCGCUUACGGCAACCCCAUUUGGUUCGCCAUGUUUCUGUGUGGUUCCAAUGAGAGUCAAACUUCUGCUAGGGGUGCCCCUUUAUUCUAUCUUUCCAGUUGUCACCGAGUUAGAGAUUGAAGUUGCAGCGGGAACCUAUCUCAUGCAAAGUCAAGUGAGGAUAAUGGGUGCUAUUUCUGAUCAACAAGAUCCGCAAAGAGCUGUGGUCGAUUUGAAUUUAGUUCCUCUUGGGGAGAAGUUUGAUAAUACAACUGCUAUACUCACUUACCAAAGAUUUUUCUAUAAGAAGGUGGUCCUCAAUCGAACCCUUUUUGGUGAUUAUGAUGUAAUAUACAUCGACUAUCCAGGGCUGCCUUCUUUACCAGUGUCUGGUGGUGGUUCAUCUGGAAGCCCUGGAAAUGUGCUGGACCCUGUCUCCGUAAAUCUUCCUAGCAAACGUCACAAAAAGAACAUAGGAAUAAUCCUUGUCAUUGCUUUCUCUACAAUUGCGUUCUUGGCUGCUUGCGUUGCUGCUGCUGCUGCUUUAUUAAAGUGCAGGAAAGUGCAGAGACCUUCCAAGACUGCCGGUCUCGUUUUAACAUCUUUGAACAGAAGAUCAGCGGUAGAGUCAAUGUUAUCAAGUAGCCCGGCCAAUUCACCAUCAGCUGCCAUUGAUUCUGCUCUGCCUCCAUCAAUUCUCUCUGUUAAAAUGUUUACCCUGGCAGAGCUCAAAAUAGCUACCGAAAACUUCAGCUCGAGAAAGUUAUUAGGUGAAGGAGGGUUUGGCCGGGUUUUUGAGGGGACCAUGCAAGGCGGUAAUACGGUUGCUGUAAAAUUACUGAAAAGGGACGAUCAAAAUGGAGACCGUGAAUUCAUUGCUGAGAUUGAGAUGCUAAGUCGGUUACAUCAUCGUAACCUUGUAAAAUUAAUUGGAAUGUGCAUUGAUAAAUCCGCACGUUGCCUGGUCUACGAGCUAGUUCACAAUGGCAGCGUCGAGUCCCAUUUACACGGUGCUGACCGGAGCAAGGGCAUUCUUGGCUGGGAUGCACGGCUGAAGAUUGCUCUAGGUGCCGCAAGAGGAUUGGCUUAUCUUCAUGAAGAUUCCAACCCUCGAGUCAUUCAUAGAGACUUCAAAGCUAGUAACGUGUUACUAGAAGAUGACUUCACCCCUAAGGUUUCGGAUUUCGGUUUGGCCCGCGAAGCUACGGAGGGAAGCCGGCAUAUAUCUACCCAAGUCAUGGGAACUUUCGGAUAUGUUGCUCCUGAAUAUGCGAUGACGGGACAUUUGCUAGUCAAAAGUGAUGUAUACAGUUACGGCGUUGUGCUACUGGAGCUGCUCUCCGGCAGAAAACCCGUCGACAUGUCUCAACCUCCGGGACAAGAAAACCUCGUCACUUGGGCUCGACCGCUGCUCACUAAUCCGGUCGGGAUCGAGCAAUUAGUGGAUCCCACCUUGGCUAGGACAUUUGAUUUUGAUGAUCUUGCAAAGGUUGCUGCGAUUGCCACGAUGUGUGUCCACCCGGAGGUGUCUGAACGACCGUUCAUGGGAGAAGUCGUGCAGGCGCUCAAGCUCAUAUACAAUGACACGGACAAGACAGGCGACGACGAGUGUAGUCCGCAGGUAUCGGGUGUCGAUGAUUUGGAGCUCAGAGGUAAUCUCGAUUUAUCCGAAAGUAGUUGGUGGAAUGCGGGCGAUCUUAUUCCUUGUCGACAAGCCUCGACUUUUACGACGAUGGAGUACUGUUUGGAUGUGGUCGACAGCCUGAUGUUCCCGACGAUGAACGGCAGCCAAACCGAUCCUCCGGGAACGAUGAGGUGCAAUCCGAUAUUUUCUGGGUCGACGAGAAGUAUUUCGUCGUCGUUUUAAGGGGCGCGGAAAAGCUAUGUACAGCAUCGAAGCACGAACCGGAUGCGCGACGAUGUCAUCGAUAUAAUCUUUAUUUGACGUCGUGUUGAUGAUCGUUUGUCUGAGGAUCAAGAUCUUCUGUAGUCGAUUCAAGUUGAAAUGGCCAUUUCAAUGACAAUAGCCAAACUGAUUUUUUAUCUGACUGAAUGUAGUUAGCAAAGCUCAAUUUUGAUGAAUCCAUUCCUAGUAGGAUUUUUCUUU